UAAACACUGCGCAUCGCAUUCAUCGCUACUUCGUGUUUCUAUCCAAUAAAAAUGUAGUGAAAUUUGUCAUUUUAAACCUUUUUCAAAGGCAGUAAAGCAGAAGUAGAGGUUCCAGCUCGCACAUCUGCAGAUAAAUCUGUUUUUUUUUUACCGACUCGUUUCGAAAUAUGAUGGAGGAUUUCUCUGGACUCGCCCUACCUCCUCUUUUUGGAGGAGGCCAUAUUCUGGAGGCAGAACUGGAACCCGGAGGAGUGGAGCUCGGAUCGGGAGAGGUGGAGCUGGACACAGGAGGCAACGAGUUGAUUGACAACACAGCCCAAGAAGAUGAAGAAAGAAGAGCUCUGGACAAAAGAAAAUAUCUGGCUUUGAACAGGAAAUGCAAAGAAAUUGAACAGGUAAACCAGAGGAUCCUUGGUCGCCUUCACCUAGUGCAAAGAAUUACACGGCGUCUAAAGAAAGAAAGAUGGUUUCUUAUGAAGACUUUGGAUGCUCAUGGCGAUGAUUACAGAAACGCUCAACUGACUAUAUUGCUUGAGGAUGAGCCCGGAACACAGUUAGACCCUGAUGAUGGGGGGGAGGAGGAAAAAUUUAACGGAGUGUCUACAGGAGAGAGUCAUGGAGCUGGACCAAGAAAGAAGAGGCACAAGAUUCAGGCGCAAGAAAGAGAUAAAGACCAACAAAUUGAACCAGCAGAAAUAUCCGGAUAUGCAGAGCCACAGUUUGGAGAAAUGCCGAGCCCAGCCUCCCUGACUCACUGAUCUGCAUCCUGGGAUUGGCGACAACUAUGACAAUUAUAAUAACAAUGAUGGGGGUCCAGUUAUGCUUCAUUCAUUUGGGCUUUGCACUAUUAUAAAGAUGGAAAAAUGUUUGAUUUCAGGUUUAGUUUAUACAGACAGAAAUAUGUUUUAUACGUACAAUUUUUGUCCUUUAUAUUAUUUGUGAAAAAAUGAUGACAAGUAAUUAUGACUAGUGUGAAAAAGUAAAAACCCAGGUAUGUUGACAAUAGUAGAGACUUAAAAUGAAUAUCAUUUGGUAUUCUUAUUGAUUUUGAAAUUUAUCACAAUGACGUUCUUCAUACUUCUUUUGUGACCAUUUUUUGUAUUUAUUAAUAAAUAUUUUUAUUUGGA